GUCUAACAGUAAACAUAUGAUACGAACUGUGAAUGCAUUGCUUUACAGUUAUUGUACUGUUAUUCACAUAACAGUUACCGUAAAGUGAAUGCAAUUUAUGAAUUAUAAAGUGAACACCGAUUGAGUGAACAGUGAAUUGAUGGCAUUGUGUGAGCAGUGAAUCACUCAUACAAUGGAUAAACUGAAAGCCAAAAACGAGACCCUUUUCCACGAGUUGUGUUUGGAGAGACAAAUGAAUCACAUCUUGAAUGCCAUUAGAGACCAUUCAGUGGUUUUGGUGAAUGCGUGCAAAUGUGGUGAUAAUCGGCAUAUUGUCCACACAUUGAAUCUGUUGAAUGACUUCUACAAGAGUCUGAGACAAAGUGAUAUGGAUACGAGAAGUGGUAAGACGUCAGCGGUUCCCAAGACUAGUCACUCAAACGGACAGUCAGUCCAUAGCUGUGAUGAAUGCAAACAAGUGUUUGAAUCGGAAAUUGUUUUGAAAAUCCAUACGAUUACUGACCACAAGAAUCUACAAUCAUUUUCAUGCCAUGAAUGCCAUGAAGUGUUCACCACUGAAGACAUGAAGACAUUGCAUUUGAAUGACAUUCACGGCACUAGUCAUACAAAUGAUACCCAAAUGAAUGGCCAAAAUAUUCUUAAUCUCCAGAGUUUGACACAAAAGCGAAAAAGUGAUGAGAACUCGGAUUCAGUGUCUCCAAAACGGCUGAGAAGUUGUCGUAAGAAGCGUUUGUCUGCCAAUCGGAGCACCAAUUCUGGCCAACACUCCAAGUAUUUCGCACCGCAAACGCCCAAAGCUAGCAAACCUCCGGAACAGAUGGAGUGCGAUGAGUGCCAUAAGAUGUUAGCGUCGGAAACGGCUCUCGAGAUCCACACAAAUAAAUACCACACGAAGUCGAUGCCAUUUGUCUGUUCCGUUUGUUCUCAAGAUUUCUUCGCUAAUCUCUCACUUCUGAACCAUUUGUCACAAAAGCAUAAGAUCUCUGCCUUUGAAUGCGAUGAAUGCGAAUACAAGACGCGAACCAAACAUCACUUAAUCCAACACAAAGUCAUUCACUCGAUGGACAGACCUUUUGCUUGCGAUAUGAAGGGCUGUUACUUACGGUUCAAACGCAAGGAUCUCUUGUUGAGACAUAAGUCUGUAAUUCACUAAUUGCUGCCAAUUUGUAUGUAAAUAGUUUGAUAACCCAUUCACUGGU